AAGUUCGACGGCGCCGGGUGGGUGGCUGCGGUAGUGGCGCCGUAGUGCCGGCAGAUCCCCCCCAGGGCCCGCAGAGGAGCGGAGGCCUGCCAAGCCUGGACGUGAGAUCCCGGACAGGAGGAAGGAACCCGUCUGACACACCAACAUGGACCUGGAUACCAAAAUGAAGAAGAUGGGCUUAGGUCAUGAGCAAGGAUUUGGAGCUCCCUGUUUAAAAUGCAAAGAAAAAUGUGAAGGAUUUGAACUGCACUUCUGGAGAAAAAUAUGCCGUAAUUGCAAGUGUGGCCAAGAAGAGCAUGAUGUCCUCUUGAGCAAUGAAGAGGACCGAAAAGUGGGAAAACUUUUUGAAGACACCAAGUACACCACCCUGAUUGCAAAGCUAAAAUCAGAUGGAAUUCCCAUGUAUAAACGCAAUGUUAUGAUAUUGACCAAUCCAGUUGCUGCCAAGAAGAAUGUCUCCAUCAAUACUGUUACCUAUGAGUGGGCUCCUCCUGUCCAGAAUCAAGCGUUGGCCAGACAGUACAUGCAGAUGCUGCCUAAGGAUAAGCAGCCAGUGGCAGGCUCAGAGGGGGCACAGUACCGGAAAAAGCAGCUGGCAAAGCAGCUCCCUGCACAUGACCAGGACCCUUCCAAGUGCCAUGAGUUAUCUCCCAAAGAGAUGAAAGAGAUGGAACAGUUUGUGAAGAAAUACAAGAAUGAGGCUCUGGGUGUAGGAGAUGUCAAACUUCCCUAUGAGAUGGACACUCAAGGACCUGACAAAAUGUACAUUCCUGGUGGGGACAGAAAUACCCCAAUAACAGUGGGCACCAUGGAGAAUGAAUCUGCAGAGCACAAAAAAAAACAAUACUCCUGCUUUUGCUGCAAACUGAGUAUGAAGGAAGGUGACCCAGCCAUCUAUGCUGAAAGGGCUGGCUAUGAUAAACUGUGGCACCCAGCUUGUUUUGUCUGCAGUACCUGCUCUGAACUCCUGGUUGACAUGAUUUAUUUCUGGAAGAAUGGGAAACUGUACUGUGGCAGACAUUACUGUGACAGCGAGAAACCACGAUGUGCUGGCUGUGAUGAGCUUAUAUUCAGCAAUGAGUACACCCAGGCCGAAAACCAAAACUGGCAUCUGAAACACUUCUGCUGCUUUGACUGUGACAACAUCCUAGCAGGGGAAAUAUAUGUAAUGGUCAAUGACAAGCCUGUAUGCAAGCCCUGCUAUGUGAAGAAUCAUGCUGUGGUGUGUCAAGGAUGCCACAAUGCCAUCGAUCCAGAAGUGCAACGGGUGACCUACAACAACUUCAGCUGGCAUGCAACCACAGAGUGCUUUCUGUGCUCCUGCUGCAGCAAGAGCCUCAUUGGGCAGAAGUUCAUGCCCGUAGAAGGGAUGGUUUUCUGUUCGAUAGAGUGCAAGAAAUUAAUGUCUUAGGAGGAGAGAACCAAGCAAUAUUGAGCCAUAUCUAUCCAAAGUGAUCUGCAUUUCUACUGUAAAAUGCAAUUUGGAAAAAAAUAAUAAUAAAAGGGGAAACAAAACUAUAAAGAGAACCAGAAGAUUUUGUUCAGCAUCUUUCUGCAUUGUUUUUUCCUUAUCAACUUUUUUUUUUCCCUCAAUUUUAAAAGCCUGCUUUAAGCUUUGAUUUUUAAAAUGGUAAAUAACUUCAGCUUUCUAACGCUUGGGUAUAAUUAACCUUCAAAUCCCUAUACCCUUGGUGCCAAAUGCAGUAUAUUAAAAACCCUUAAAAGUUAGUGUCUUGAAUGGAAAGAUGAGCAUUCAUAGUUCUCUACUCCUUCUUUCCUUCAUCUGUGAAAUAAAAAGGAAAUUAAAUUUUCCCUAAUGUCAAGGCUGUGUAUUUGAUGCACAGUUAAUUCCUUUUAACAGAGAAAAUAGAAAUGCAGUGCAAUACGUGGAGCUGAUAUUUGAAUGCCUGUGCAUUUGCUCUUUCCUUGUUCCGGCAGGGAUAGCAUUUUCUUUAUUGCAUUUCCCUGUAUUUUAUUUACCCUACCUCUCAAUAUUUUCUUUGUAAACUGAACUGAAGAUCUCCAUCUGUGGCCUUUUUAUUAUCACAUGUGGUACAACAAUAUCCACACUUUUUAACUUUUAUAGAUUUUUGUCUUGGGCAUAAAAGCCACACCACUCAUUUAUGUUGUCUUCAAUCCAAAGAACAUGUCGUUUUUGUACACAGAAAACUAUAUCUUGUAAUGAUUGCACUUGCCUGUCAUGGUUUGAAUAAAUGUUUUGCAUGGCUUUCAGUCUUAUCCAAUGGAUACUGUCUGAUGAUACUUCUAAACCUAUUCAUAGAUAUAAUGUCUUUGCCUGUAUACUUUCAUCCUUAGGUAUGUCUAAUGUUUAUUUUUCCUUGUAUACUUCCAUACGUAGUUAUUCACCAUGAAAAUUAAAUGUAAUGAAUUAUAUGUAUAUUCAAAAUAAAGUCUUGCACUUGAGUAAUUGCCCCCACCCCCAUCCUUUUGAGUAAAAAUCCUUCUGCAGUUAAGUGCCUGAUACAGCAGAGGGCAGUGUCUCCAAGUAGAAAAACUGUUCAGAUAAAAAGGUUCUGACAGAAGAGAAACUAAACUACAUUAUAGAGAAGGGUUAAAUUUUAUGAAACUUUAAAUCAGAACAUUUCAGUUAUUUUCAGGUCAUGCAAGAGUUUUUUUUUCUUUUAGAAAAAAUAUUUUAACUGAAUUUGGGGAAACUUUUCCGUGAAAUUCAGACAAUAUUACUCUGAUGCUCGAGUUGCAACUUCUCAGUUUCUUAAGAAAUCCUUUUAUGGCAACCUAUUGUGAGAAAUGAAGUAAAUGGGAAAUAAUAUUCUCUUCCUAAUCAUGUAAGAUUGUGAGAGCUUGCUUUCUUUUCUUCAGUCUGAAGUAUUUCUCUUAGUGGGAGUGUACUUUUCUCUGGCAUAUACCCAGAAUAAUUUGCUUUCAUAUUUUGCUGCUCAUGUUUGUUAGUGCUUCUCUUUAUAUCUUGUGCACGCACAUACACCUGUGUACAUACAAAUAGACAAGCAUUCUCUCUGCACUAUACUAUCCCCAACCAUGGAAAAGGUAUCUUGCAACUUGAAUAUGUGUUACCCUACAAAAAGAAGUAAUCUAAUUCUGCAUGCAGUUUUAAAAAGCUAAUAUUACAAAUACCCAUAAUUGUGUAUAAAUAUCACUUGAUGUUUACCUUUUGCCUUUAUCUUAAAUAGUAUUAUAUAUAUACAUAUAUUUUUUUCCACAAGUUCAUGCAUGAAGUUCAACAGCUUACCUUUCCCAAAAGUGGCUAAGUGAGAAUAAACUGAAGGAAAAAUCCUUCAUAUUAAUGGCAUGACUCUUGGCCAGCCUGGCCCCAUGCCUGAGACUGAGACAGAAUCAGGCUGCUUUAGGGAUAUAGAAGCCCAAGGAAUUUGACCAAAUCCAUUGUUCACUACCCAAAAGAAUGAUUGCAUGUAUAUUAGGCUAUUUCUGGAACCAAUAAACUGAUCAUCAUGGAAGAUUA